AUGAGUUUAAAAAAUGAAUCAAUUGUGAAUGAUGAAGGAAAGAAUAUGAAACAGAUUACUUGUGCUCAAUGCAAAUCUAAAAUCCUGCCUCCUAAUAUGGGAACCUAUGUCUCGGAACCAGAGUUAGAGUUGGCGAGCUUUAAGACUGAGAACGCCGGGCAGCUGGAGAAGCUCAAUGAGUUCUUCAGAGUAGAGGACAUGUUCGACUUUGAUAAUCUCGGAUUCACGAAUACUAUCGACAAUUUAAAGUUUUUGUCGUGUGCUGACUGUAAUCUGGGACCUAUUGGAUACCAUGAUCUAAACACUAAACUUAGUUUUAUAGCGCUCUCCAGAGUACAAUUUAUAGAUUGAAAUAUUUAUAUAUUUUAUAUAUUUUGUAUAUUUUCUACAAGAAUGUGAUUUGAUUUUUAUUUUGUUUUGUAAAAUAUAUAUCUUUGUACAGUGAGCCGAGUUUCUAAACUAAUGUAAAUAUUGAUUAGGAACCUGUUUGUUUUAAUUUUGGUAAAAUUAUUAAUUAAGUUGUUUGUAUUUUGGAAUGGGGGGGGGGUAAUAAAAAAUGAGACCCAACCUUUUUUCAGUCAAAAUAUUUCCUUUACAGCAAAACUUCAUCAAGUUUUUUGGUGCAUAUUUUUAGCCAUUUUAAGUUUGAACUAGGGUUUCCAAACAGAAUUCCGUUGCGCGUAAUGAUUGUUUCCGCUUGCGACAUUAACAAAAUCAUAUAAACUUGAACGAGUUCUCUUUAAAACCCUAGAAUGUUUUCCCUCUGCCUUAUUUCCAAAAA